ACCAUACGAUCCAUGACACAAGUCAGUCGUUCGCUGCAGUUUCAGGCACUCCUACAUGCUCAGGUCUCCCCAUAGAAUUUUGGGAGUGAUGUCAUCACACAGAUCUGGCUGAAUAUUGUUACAAGACACAUCCUACUUCUCAGACUCGGCUGCCUCUCGAUGUGACAGCGAAGGUUACUCAUUAGGAAACCCACACUGAAAACUUCCUCCAAACUCUCUCACUAGCAGGUGUAGUCAGUCUUCUCUUUCAGCUGAUGGAAACAUGCGAACAAAAUUUAUAUUACUUAAGAAUUUCUACAACUGAGUCAGCGAGAUCAAUGGGGAGCUUACCCAGCAAAAGAGGAUAUUCAGCAAUUCAGACGACUCUAGCCAACUCUCAAGCAAACAUUGCGGUAGCGGACAAGUGCAUAUUUGUGGCUUUGUACAACUUUCCAGCCGGUGGUCAAAGCGAUUUAAGUGUUCGACUUGGCGAGCAGCUAAACGUUCUCUCAGAGGAUGGAGAAUGGUGGAAAGUGAUGUCUGUUUCAAGUGGAAGAGAAUGCUAUAUGCCUAGGGAUUAUGUUGCUAAAGUAUAUAACAGGUGGCUUUUCAAAGGUAUAAAUCGUGAAAAAGCAGAAGAGUUGCUCUUGAUGAGCAGCAACAGAACUGGUUCCUUCUUGAUCCGAGAAAGUGAAACCAGAAGAGGAUGUUACAGUCUGUCAGUUAGAAGAUCCAAUCAAGUUACUCGGGAUUCCAUCAAACAUUAUCGUAUCAAUCAACUAGAGAAUGGGUGGCUGUAUAUAUCUCCUCGUCUAACAUUCCCUACUCUUCAGGACAUGGUGGACUACUAUUCUGAAAUGUCAGAUGGUAUUUGCUGCGUUUUGAAGGAUCCAUGUAUCGUACAGGGCUUCAACCCUCCAGUAGUUCCAAUCUCUCAGCCAAUCAUUGUAAGGAAACCAACACUCAACUGGAGAGACCUAGAUGGCUCCGCAUUGUUUACUGAGAACAGCAACCUGAGUGAAGAUUGCCCGGUCAGCAUAGGACUCAGAGAAGCGGUCAGCUCAUACAUGUUCAUGACAGAAGACAAGGACUCAAAGUCAACAGAGAGAAAACAUCUGUGGAAAAAAACAUAGAGACUUCUUUCCUCUGCUACAGUUCUGUCAAGCCACUUCAUUGACUGGGAGAUGACACUGCGAUCACUUUUCUCAAAAUGAGAAGUUUCUAAAAAAAACAAAAAAACUAACAAACUUUAAAAAGGGAUAUUUAACUGGUUCGGUACCUGUUCAGCAAGAUUUUGCAGGUCAAUCCUUACUGACUUGUGCUGCUUAAAGGACUUUAUUGCACUCUAUUUAUUGCAGCUGUGCUGCUUUCCAUUGUAUCUUUGUAAUAUUUUGCGUUUAUUAAAAAAU